AUGCUAGGCUAUCUCUCGCAGCAGCUGGGAUUGUCUCCGAAAGCUGAAGAGAAAAAGGCGCGUAAACAAAUGACACUGGACACCAUGUUCGCAAAUAUUAAGGAAAAGAAUGCCUCAAAAGAGAGCUCGACCCCACCCUCUCUCACCACAGCAUCGACCGCCACAGAACGCUCCAGCGAGCCAGUAGAAGACUACGCGACAUCUGGCCUCAGCAUGACUUCUUCUUUCACCAGCAAUUCUACAACUAGAGUCACUCCGCGUAGCGAGCUUCCAGCACUACAAUUAGAUGACACCAAUCUUGGAUCUGAGGAACCCGAGCUCCCCAGCACACCCUUGAUCAUGAAAGCCAAUGACUCGCAGGAAACACUCGUUCGUAAAAGCAUGGACCUGCUACAGCCUGAGUGGGAGCUUGGCGCCCUACCUGGAGAUGAGCUCAACCUAUCUCCGUCUCCCAAGAAAUACACAAGCCCAAGGAAACAGAGAGCUCCAGGUAAAUUUUUCAAGGAGCAGGUUGGCACUAUGGUGGAUAAAGCAAAAAAGACUGUACUUGGCAAGCGAGCGCGCAAAGACUCCGAAUCCGCAUCGCCUAUGAAGAGAUCUACCAAUGAUCUGAGGCGGACCAGUUCAAGGCUCCAGGAAGUUGUGCCCCGAACCUCAGAGGAACCUGCUGCAAAAAAGCCCAAGAUUUCACUGGUGAAGGAAGAGACAGCAAAUUCUACUUUAAGGACGUCGGACAAAGCUACAAAGAAGCCAGUUAAGCAGUGGGUAAAUCAGGGGCUGUACGUGGGGCAGGAUCGGCGUUCAAAAGCCAAACUACCAGGGAUUCAGAAACAAACGGGUGAGGACGCCAGUGAUGAAAAUACCAAGCAGCCCCGGGAAAACAAGCUGUUACCACGGCCUAUGUUUGUGGGCGAGAUGAUGAUCAACCGUGAUCGUGAUUUCAAGCUUCCUUAUGAUGUGUUCUCGCCCCUUACAGAUCGGCAACCAGCGCCAGACGAAUGGAGAAAGCAGCAGAAGAAUACGCUUAUUGGCGAUGCAAAGCACAUAUGGAAAAAGACUCGCCAUACUGAGGAAUCCAUGUGUGGAUGUAAACCCGAGACUGGCUGCGGCGAAAAUUGUCAUAAUGCUAUAAUGUUCUAUGAAUGCGACGAAAACAAUUGCAGCCUCCCCGCCGAAAAGUGCGGCAAUCGAGCCUUUGCUGAUUUACAGGCACGUAAGGAGAAGCACGGCAGGACUGCUAAGGAGCUGUACAACACCGGCGUUGAAGUUUUGCUAACCGAGGAUCGUGGUUAUGGCAUUCGUGCUAAUCGAACUUUCGAGCCAAGCCAGAUUAUCGUCGAGUAUUCCGGAGAGAUCAUUACACAAGACGAGGCUGACGAUCGCAUGCGUAAUAAAUACAAAGACGCUGCAUGCUACUACCUCAUGGAUUUUGAUCAAGGCAUGAUCCUUGACGCUACCAAGGGCAGUAUUGCACGCUUUGUAAACCACUCCUGUGAGCCAAAUUGCCGCAUGAUCAAAUGGACAGUGAAAGGCGAACCCCGCAUGGCUUUGUUCGCCGGCGACAGAGGUAUCAUGACUGGCGAGGAGCUGACAUACGACUACAAUUUCAACCCUUUCAGUAUGAAGAACACCCAAACCUGCAGAUGCGGCACUGACAGGUGUCGCGGUUUCCUCGGGCCCAAGCCUAAGGAGACGAAGGAGACGAAGGAGAUCAAAGAGGCUCUCAAACCUAUCGUCAAUAACGGUAAACGUAAUUUCACGGAAAUCUACGAAGACGUAAAAGAGGGCGUCAAGGAAGUCGUUAACGGCAAGCGCCGUAAAAUCAACAAGCCUAAGUCUCUCAAAGACUUGCCCCCAAAUAUGUAUAUUCCAAAAUCGAACAACCCAGAAACCAAGAAACCGCAGGCAAAAAUGUUACCCAAAGGCUGGGUCAUCCCCAGUGAAGCGCAGCCGGUCCGUAAUGUCAACAACGAUGAUCCAGAAGCGCUCAUGAAAGCAAUGAGGGAGGAGAAACGAAAGAGGAAAGCAGCGACUGAUGGUAAAGAAUCUAUCGAAGGCGGUAAGCUCGCCAAGAAAGCUCGACUCACGACAGUAAAGGAAGAGGAAAUCGACGACGAAGCUGAAGAUGUUGAGAUGGCGUCCCAGGUAAUGGCAACUACUUCCGUCAAAGAAAAGGCAAAGAGCGCAAAAGACUCAGUGGUCAAAUCGAUGAGAAAAGGAGGAAAACGAUCGUCGCUUCUAAAAUCCGCUAGAACGGUGGAGGAUAUCGACGAGGAGGAAGAGGACUUGUAG